UGUCUGCGAGACGGAACAACUGACAAUUCAUCUCUUUUUGGAGCUCAAAAAUGGUACUGGAUUUGUUAGGCCUUGCGAUAGGAAUCCCGGCCGCCGCUGGCGUGUCGACCGGAGUAGCGGUCGCAACGUCGGAAGCUGUUCGCCAGCAGGAGAAAGAGGACCGUGACGAGCAAUUGCGCAUGAGAGACUUUCAUCUGGAUGUUUAUUGCGACGCUCGCUCCCGGAAGCGCGAACAGGUCGACGGCAGCAUCGUUGUCCUAAAGGAGAACAAGCUGUGGCUUGCCCCCAAGGAUCCGAAAACGAAGAAACCGCUUCCCAUGCAAGGCGAGGCACGACCUUGUCAUCCGUUUACUGGAUUCUUCCUCGAUUUUGUAGGAGAGAGGCCGAAGGUCGAUCCAAUGUUCGAGCGAUUGAACAAACCAGUUAAGAUCCGGGGACUAGUCAGUACAAUAUCGCAAGAUCCGCCGACGCUCAAUUGGAUCUACGUAGAUCGAAAGACUGGUGGACUCUUGCUUCAGGUGCAAGUGACCUACAAUCGCACGGGACCAGACUCGUCGAGAACAUGUCCUGAUAAAUCUGUGCGAUCAAAUUCAGCUCUUGCACUGACAAUGGAAAGAUGGAAUUGAAGUAUGGAAGUAGAGAACAAGCUCAGAGACAACUCGUGGGUCCCUUUGGUUGCACAGAAGAUGAAGUAGGCCUCACCUUGGAGCAUUGGGAAGGCUUCGUCGCCGUAGAGGAGCGGAAAGAUACUUGGGCUCUAUAUUGUGAGUGUAGCAACCCUUUCCGUUCUAUACCUUAUCUUAACUGUGCAUGCUUGCAUCAUCAAACUGGUCGAUGAAUGAUGCCUGCCAGGUAUAUCAUCCUCAGCAUCAUCAUUUCAACCCGCUGGAAUGUUUGGAAAAGCAAUUCGUAGGACUUUUUUUAAAGGCAGCAAUGCUGACAAGAAGCAAGACGAUCGAGACGAUGAUGGUCUACGUGACACCGUGUUUCGUACUCGAGUUCUGCAGUGCAGCCUUGAGAGACGCUUUGUCGAUGAGCAAGACGAGGUUAAAAUUAAGUCGCGUUAAGACUAUGAGACGCUUGUGACGCAUUUUUUGAAAUGAGCCAUUUUUCAAGCAUGUGCCUUGAUGAAGGCAAGCACGUAACACCGUUCAAGCAACAAUCUCGCAGUGUUGAAGGCUGAUCCUCAGUUGGCUCCCAUCUUGCUCAUAAAUCUGGUGACUGAGCUCCUAUAAAGCUUGUAUAUGUUUUCGCAUAAAGCUUAUUGGGUGGACUGCAAGCUGUAUCGUAUACAAUUAUCUUACGAAACUAGCUUGUUGUUGCUGACACAGUACGGGAAGCGGCACGUACGGUGGCUUCAAGUGCGAAAUUGCGGUGGUGAGGCCACGGGCGGUGCACAUUGUGCAUACGCCGGAUGGUUGACAUCUCUGAAAGUUCUUGUAAUAUGUGCA